GCGCCGCCUCCUUCUGCCGGGACUGGCGGCGCUGUGCGGGGUGAGUGCGGCGCUCGGCCCGGCUGGGCUCGUCCUUUCCGAUAGCGUUGCCCGCGCGCGUAGGUCUGCGUCGUGUUCUUUCAUUGUAGUGCUCUUGGUGCUGCUCACCUCGGUCAGCCUGUCGUCUGUUCCGUGCAGGUUGGUGGAAAACUGAGAUUUGCAAAAUGAACAAAGAUGCCCAGAUGAGAGCCACCAUUAACCAAAAGCUGAUAGAAACAGGAGAGCGAGAGCGCCUUAAAGAUUUGCUGAGAGCCAAGUUAAUUGAAUGUGGCUGGAAGGAUCAGUUGAAGGCACAUUGCAAAGAUGUCAUUAAAGAAAAAGGAUUAGAGCAUGUUACUGUUGAUGAUUUGGUGGCAGAAAUCACUCCCAAAGGUAGAGCCUUGGUACCAGACAGUGUGAAGAAAGAACUCUUACAAAGAAUAAGAACGUUCCUCGCUCAGCAUGCCAAUCUUUAACUUCCAUGGUUGUCUUGGAUACAGCAUUUCUGUUUCUUCAUUAUGUCAGUCAUGUCAGGAUUGGAAUGCAGUUUCCGUGCUUAAGGAUUGAAUUUUUUUUUGUAAGAGGAGUUGAAAUUUCAUUGCACUGCAUCAAUUUCUUGAUGUUAUUUUAAUAAAAAAUGCUGUGGACUUGUG